GAUGUAUAGGAAAUUAUGGAAACGGAGAAGGUCAACAAAACGCAAAUCAUACGAAUUAUCUAGAAUCCAGUUGUCAGAAGAUAUGCUGCGCAGUCAGUAUCCCGAGGCGUUCAUCGAAUCUGUCAGAGGGACUGCGGGGAAAAAUUCACUUUAUGAUCAGCUACCGGAUAUAGGCGAAGAGUUCAUUGCGACGGCGGGCGUUGGAUUGAAUGCAUUUGGGAAAAUGCAGCUGUUUCCACUGAGCUCUUUCGACAUGUAUGAUUUAGACCACUUCCCCUCAGCAGGCCAGGCCGCUCUCAAAGAGGUUCAUAUGGCUCGAACAAUGAGAGCUAAAGAGAAGACAAUGGAUGAACUCAAGUCCAUUUUAGGUCGCAUAAGCUUCACCCUUGGUAGCUUAAAAGAAACAGAAGAGCCAGUUUCUAGCUUGAGUCCUGACACCCAAGAAGCAAUGCAAAAGGAAGAAAAAAAAAUAAAUACUCAGCAAGGACCARGAACAGAAAAACUUGAAGACGACAAGAAUGACAUACAAGAAGGUCAAAAAGGUGAAUGGCAAGGUGAAAAGAAGCCGGGCACUGAWGAGAUUGAUGACGAAGAAGGACGACACGAAGUGACAGAUGAAGAUGACGACUGGUGUUCACUGAGUUCUGAUGAAUUGGAUGAGUACGAUAGUGACUUUAGUGACAUCAGCACAGAUGAAGACGAUAAGCAACUGCAGCCUAUUCAGCCCAAGUCUUCAAUAGAAAAACUAGCAGAGAGACGUCGUCGCACAUCAGACGCCAUCACCCGUUAUUUGGAACGCUGUGGAGAGCGYGAUGACUUGAUGCAACAAAUGCAGASUUGGAUGUCUGCAACAACAGCUACUUCUGAUAACAAGCCAAAUAAAACUUCCUUAUUUAAGUCUGAACAUAAAACUACUAGCCCUGAUUUGCUGGACGAUUCUAAAACAGAUGACAUUGAUUUUCGGAUCCAAACCUUGAGGGACCUCAUGGCAAGGCUGAAAUUAAUUUCAGAUGACCUUGGAAUAGGAAAAUUAGAAGAAGACAUGAUUGAAGAAAUUCUUAUUCCCGAUAUUGCAACUAAAAAGAAACUAUCAACAGCUCACCAAAAGCCAAAGAUGGAAGCCAAGGUGUACAACGAGGAAGAGCUAGUCUUACCCGACAACUUAGCAGCAGCAAUUGAUUCUUUGAUUAAGAUUCUCGAAGACGCAAUCAAGACAACACCUGCACGUCUUCAACGUAUCAGCCUAGGCAAUGCUCUGAGGCAGUUUAAAUUCAUUUGUAAAAUAAUACAGCAUCGUGACGCAAAAAUAAAUGCCUUGGACAAAGAAGUUUUGAAACUUGGAGGGGAUGUUACAAAGAAYAAGAAAUUGGUUGAGGAGUUGCGAAAAAACAAGAAGAAACUUUCUGUGAAAUGCGAGAAACUAGAGUAUGUUGUCGAGGAUCAAAAAACYCAACUAAAAGCACAAGACAAACAGCUCAGCGAUCUAAAAAAAUUGGUCGAGGAUUACAAGAAAAAAGAAAGUUAUGGCUUGUACGAUCAAUCCAGUUUAUCUUCAUCUUCAAGUAGCACUUCUCUGUCAUCUCAAGAAGAACAAAAAAUGAAACCCAUCAAGGCGAAACACAAGAAAAAGGCAAAAGGGAAGGUAGCUGGGAAAAAAUCGGAUAAAAAAGAGAGUGAAAAAGUGACUGAGGUGACUGAAACAAAGCCAUCUAUGGAUAGGACAAUCAAGAAAGAUGCAAAGAAAGAGGCAGGUCUUGAUAAACCACAAGAAAAAGAUGGCGAACAGCAGCAAAUAACACUGCUUGAGUCACAACCUCCAUUAGACGUCGAGAACACAGAGGUGUAUUUGGACUUAAAGCAGCAAUACGAACAAGCAUGCAACGAAGUAGAAAUAGAACGAGAAAAACUCGCAGAAUCUGAGAAAGAGUUCCUCAACGUCAAGAACGAAAAGGUCUUGGUGGAGCAAGAAAAAAGCGAUCUCAUGAUAGAAAUGGAAAACCUGAAAAGGCAGCAAGAAGUAGAGACGGAGGAAUUACGGGAYAAGAUAGCAAACUUUGAACUUGAAACGAGAAAACUUCGCAGUGAGAUUGAAUGUAACGAGGAGAUGAUCCAGUACCAAGAAGAUCGUAUCAAUCAGUAUUCAGAMGAAAUCCAGGCAUUUCAGGAAAAAUGGACUGGGCAGUCAUUACCAGGAACACCUUCGAUAAGCUCCACGUCAUUUGCUAAACCGUCACGACGCAUGUCACUAAGAAAAACAUCAAUUGCCGUAGAACCACCAACGGCUCGCCAGAUGGUAGCGAAAAUCAAGCAACAAUAUGAGUCAGAAAUACAGGGACUGAAGGACUUUUUGGCAAAAGAAAAUCAGAGAUUUAAUGCCGAGGCUAGACGAAAGGAGCAAGAGCACAAGAAGGAUAUCCAAAAUAUUCAUAAAGAAUCCUUACAGGUUUUGAGGUCCAUAAAUAAAUUCAAAGACUACGCUGCCAAUCUUCUUGAACGGGAAAAUCUUGCAGCCGAGUCAUAUACUAUGCGCAAGUUACCUCCUUUGCCACUGGACGACACUCCUGGAGAAGUACGAAUGAUGCUUGCACGUAUGGCAAUCCUCUCCAAUGAAUUACUAGUGUCUAUUGAGCUCCAAUUGUCAAAGGCGUUGAUGACUAAGCGACUCGAAAUCAAGGGUGUUGCCCAAUCUCGAACACUGGAAAAGAGGGACUUGGAAGUUCAAGGCGAGUCUCUCCGUAAAGCUAAAGAAUAUGGAAGCAGUCAAGCAAGCAAGCUGAGGAGUGCCAAAGAAGAGAUGAUGGAUCACGAAGCUGAUUUUGCAAAGUUCAAAUUUGAAGAGGGUGUAAAACAUGAGGUCCUAGAAGAGAGAUACAAAGAAUUGCUCAGCUCAUACGUUACGCUUAAACGUGAAGGCACCGUGGCUCGAAAAGUGGACAAAACAGACAUGGAAGAGAAGCUAGAAAGGAAAGAAAUUAUCAUUAAGAAGUCAAUGCGAAAAGAAAAAGUUCUCAAUCGAGCUUUGGAAGAUCAAAGAAAAGUAAUAAUAAACUUAACUACUGCGUGGAGAUCACGGCGAUUUGGUCAAUACUACAUCAACAAAGGUGAUCAGUUGGAAAAUCUUCAGCUAAUAAGAGAAUCUCUGCAGAAUGAUCGUAUUCCGAAAGGACUUUAUGAGGUAAGUACAUAA